AUGCAAAUAGCAGUAUUGGAAAAAUCAGAGAAACGCCAAGUUUUUGAUUUGCAGGAGUGUAUAAUAAAGAACACUGCAAAUUUAGCAGAGCGUGAUUCUGGAAUAAGGAAGCUGACUGCUGCACUGCAUGAUGCCUCAGAAAAUUUUGCUUCAGAGAAAGCACAGCUUAAGUCUCAUAUUUCUAAUUUGUCAGAACAUUUGACCACCGAAGAAGCAAGGACAAAGGAAUGGGAAUUGCAGUGUGAAUCAUUAGCUAAUGAGAUCGUGCAAUGUGAAGCCAACAAAAAUGAGAUGGAAAACGUGCAUGAAGCCUGA